AUGUCGCGUAUAAGUAGUAUCUAUAAUGGGACUCUUCGUCGGCAAGAUACCCCAAGCACUCAGACAACUUCUCAUGACCAAUUUCCCCUUUUAAACAUUCAAGAAAUUACAUUUUGUUUGCUAGCAUGUGAGAUCACAGUUACUGAAGAGCAGAUUGCACGUCCAACGAAUGCUUUUGUCAAGGAAUUGUAUGGUGAAUUCUGUGAUCAGUAUAUGGGGACGCCUAUUCCAGAAGUUCAACGAAGAAUUGCGCAAGGAAAGCGUAAAAAGCUGAAAAAGCUGCAGGAUACUUCCAAGAAGACAACAAAUAUUCAAGAGAGAGACAAUGAUGCAAUGGAAGUCGAAAAUGGAGAUCGAGAGGAUGAAGAGAUGGAGGGACAACAAAUUAACGAAGAUGAUAACGAAUAUGAUGAUGAAGAUGAGGAUUUAAUACACCUGAGAGAUCUAUACGUACUUUAUGCAGCAACUGAAAGAUUCAUGCAGAUAUGUGGAAUUGGCAAUUUCACUCUACUGGAUAUAUUACGGCCUGAUCCUUUCAGAACACGGCGUAUUCUCAGUGCAGUGAUAAACUUUGCGAGGUACCGUUCUGUCAGACUCAAUGCAUGUGAAGAUCUUGUUAAGAGGGCCGAUGAUGAAGAAGAACGUUUAAGAAAUGUGAAGGAAAAAAACCUUGAUCUUGCCGAUAAAUUACAAGAACUAAAGCAUAAGAUUGAAUCCAGUCUGGAAAGUUCGUUAAAAGCCAUUGGUACGAUGGGACCACCCGAAAACAUUAAUGGAGAGAAUACAACUAUGUUUCGCCGUCGACAUACUUUGAAGCAAAUCCAUUCAUACAAUAUCAAACUACAGGACGAUUUGAACAAUUUAAAAGUGCAUGUUGAAAGUUUGAUGAAUGAAUACCGUAAGUAUAAAGAUGAGAAAGCCCGACUGUUGGGAAAAAUUGAGGAUCAACAAUAUUUACUUGCCGAGAAGACAAACGAAUUGGAACGCAUGAGAGAUUAUGCUCAGACAGACAUAACAUUGGUUAGAAAUAUCGUUGAAGACUUGAACAAGCAAUUGUCAGAGUAUAAUGAACGUAUACGAACGUUAGAGGCACAAGAAAAGAAACUAGAAUCCAUGAAUGGUGAAGUAAAUAAGUUAGAGAGAGAGUUUCGCGAAAUGCAUUUACUUAUUGAAGAGGUCAGCAACCAACAAAUGCGUGAAUCCAAGGCAAAGGAGGAAAAUGAUAAAUUAAAUCUUGAAGUUGAGAGGUUAGAUUUGGAAACCAAAGAGCUCGAUAGGCAAAUUGGACUUAAGGAACAACAAUUGAAACUUCAACAAGAGAAGAAAGAUAAAGUUAACCAACAAUAUAAUGAACAAGAGCGUGACUAUCAGAAUAGCAUUCAAUUAGUGAUUGAUGAACAUACCAAAUUACAUGAAAGAGUUAAGCUGAAGGAGCAACAAUACACAUCCACCAAACUCCAGAUACAACAAUUAGAAACUACCAUUAGAGCUCAAAAAGCUAGUUUUGCUAAGGAGAAGAAGAAUGUGGAAAUUAAGCUAUACAGAUUAGCAGGGAUUAUGAGAAGGUAUAUGGAUCAAAUUGGGAACAAAUUAGAUGCAUUCAACAAAGACAAUCUUUGA